AUGAAAAAAUUGCCUUGUGGAAUUUUUAUAAAAAAAAAUAAUUUUUUUUUAAAUUAUAACACUUAUUUUAAUUAUGGAACUAAUAAAAAAGUUACAGAGGAAUAUAUUUUUAAGUAUUUUAUAAAAUACGAUUUUUUAAAACUAAGAAAAUGUCACCAUAAAAAUUUAUCUACGUUAGAAAAAAAUGAAGUUAUUGAGAAUAAAGACAAUGAUACAAAUGUUGAAGAAUGUAAUUACUCAAAAAAAAUAAAAAUAAAAGAAAAUAAGCUAGGAAAUGAAUCUUGUCCAAAAAAUGAAAAUGCUGUAAAAGAAAACAUUGAAAAAAAAGAAGAAAUAUUAAAUAAAAUUAUAAAAGGAAAAACGGAAAAGGAAAAGGAAAAGGAAAAGGAAAAGGAAAAGGAAAAGGAAAAGGAAAAGGAAAAAGAAACUGAUUUGAAAAAAAGUUUGUCAGAAGAAUUUGGUUAUAAAUAUGAAAAACAUGAACCAACAAUGUUUGGAGAUUGGUCUCAUAAUUGUAGAGUAACUGACUUUUAA